UGCAUCUUCCUGUGGGUGGGGCUCCAUGUCUCAGGUCAGACAGUGUGUGUGGGCGGGGCCGAGCAUCCCUGCUAUAAGAUGGCAUACUUCCACGACGUGUCGAGCCGCGUUGCCUUCAGCGAGGCGCGUCAGGCCUGCGAGAUGGACGGAGGAGCGCUGCUCAGCAUUGAGAGCUCGACGGAGCAGCGAGACAUCGAGCACCUGCUGCAGGAGCUGCGUUCAGGUGCGGUGGGUGGGGCAGGAGGGGGCGGGGGCAUAGCUGACGGGGACUUCUGGAUCGGCCUGACUCGGGUGGAGGGAGCGGAUCAGACUCACUCGGAGCUCAGCAACGCCUUCACUUCCUGUCCACAGCUCUACCAGUGGACUGACGGCAGCGUGGCCUCCUUCAGGAACUGGUACUUCGACGAACCGUCCUGUGGAGGCGAGGCCUGCGUUGUCAUGUACCAUCAGCCAACUGCGCCUUCUGGUCUGGGCGGGGCUUAUCUCUACCAAUGGAACGACGACCGCUGCAACAUGAAACACAACUUCAUCUGCAAAUACGACCCAGAGAGCCAUCUGGUGAAAGAACAUGGUGACACACCUGGUGGGCAGGAUACAGCAGUGACUGCAGGUGGAGGCGUGGCCACACAGCCUGCAGACAACGAAGACGUUCCACCUCAGGUCACCAUGGCCGGAGCUUCAGGUAUGCUGCUGCUGUACGUUGUCAUCCCCACCAUCCCCCUGCUGCUGCUCAUCCUGGUGGCUUCUGCCACCUGCUGUUUUCAGAUGCUCAGCAGAAGUGAUUCCCGAACCAAGACGCCCGGCGACCAAUCAAAUCUGUGGAUUUCCAGGUCACCCAAAGCUGACAGCAUGGAGGUCUGACAUCACAGCACAGUGUCAGCAGGGCAGAGGGAGGACAUCACUCUACGGUCAAACCAAUCAAUGAUCUUCAUCGCAGGGCGUUUAUGGACAGGCGGCGAUGUCAUCACAGAGACUUCUUCUUCUGUACUUCUUAUUCCAGUUUCCUUUCUCUCGUUUUAUCAACCGUCCCUUUGCUCUUCUUCAAUCCUCCCCCACUUCCUCCUCGUUUCUUUUUUGCUCCCCUCUUCUUUGUCCUCCUUGAUUCCUCCUUUCCUUCCCUCCCUCCCUGCUCCUCCUGCUGUUACUGUUAGCCAGAUGCUCCACAUUUAAUUAAAGUAAAUUGGGUGAAGUUAAUGAAGGAGGGGAGCUCUGAGCAGCUGAGAGUAAAUCAAGUGUCCCUCGGGGGGGGUGGAGUCACAGCAGGGGUGCGUCUGAUUUCACAGAGAGCUGAUGAAGCAGCUGCUCCACAGAGACGGUGGGUGUUAACAAAACAGUUAAUAAGUGCGGAGAGUUAGAUGGUUUUAAAAGUUUUCAGGACAAUAAAAAGGGGGUGGAGCUUAAAGCAGAAUGAUUCCCUCUGAGGAUCGCUUCCUCAGAUCACUGAUUGGUUGUUCAGACUUCAGAUGUGUGGGAUCAAAAACUGAAAAUACUCAUGUUUGUAAAAUGCUCUCUUCCUGAAUAUGAGCUCACCUGGAUCAGUGUCAGGCUCCACCCACUGAACACCACAUUAACCAUGAAUGCAGCAGAGAAUGCAGCCGCUGACCGAUGGUUCGACCAAUCACGUCAUCCUCUGGCAGUUUUUAUGGUCAUGAUUGGGCAAGUGGCACUCCCAGGUGUAACGACUGCUGAGUUUAAGGAGGGCCACCUAAAACUCCGCCUCAAGCCAAAACACACCUGACCUGUGGAUCAGAAACACAGCUGUCAAUCAGUGUGACGGUGCUGCUGAGGACGAUGUGAUUGGCUGAUCGACAGCUUCAGUUUAAAACACGGACACUCAUCAGAGCCCUGCAGGAAUUUCUAUGGCUAUAGUGGUUUGGGGGCGGAGCCUGAGGCGGAUCGUUUUCACCCUGAUACCAGAUUGGCUGAUGUGUUUGGAUAUCAUCCCUUCUGUGCUUCCGUUUAAUGAGGCCUCCGAUGCUGCAGCUCCUUCACCUCGUGACGUGAACACAAGCUGAACAUGUGCAGAAACCAGACGAGUCUCAUGUUUGU